CCUCCUAUGUGGAUUUGUGAGACGUGUAACAUAAAUUUUUGUUUAAGUCACUUAAAAAUGUCAGGCAAACUUUAAUAUGGCUCGUGUCAGUUUAUAACUCGUACGUAUUUUGGAUCUGGAAAUUAUUUCAGCACUUUACCACGUGACUAAUCGUUUGAGUGCGUGUAACCCGGUUGACAGCUGAAGUUGCAGUUUAUUUUUGUUUGUUGACAUUAUUAAUGCACUAAUCGAGUUAGGCCAAUCAGCAAUUUUAUCUAGUCCAAUCAUAAAUGAAUUACCAGUGACAGCAUCAGCAUUGUUUUAACGGGAUUUAUGAGUGAAUUAACUGAUUAUUUUAAAUUAAUCCACAUCAUAACAAUUAUUUUUUGGGUGUCACAAUAAUAUUUAAUCUAAAUUUGCUUUUAUUACCCAUAACUGUUUGACUUCAAUACCACAUUCAAAAUGGCUCAAGGGUCACAAUUUAAUCCAGCUGCAAUGAAAAAAUUAUUGGAAGGAAUACAGAAUGAUUUGAAAACGUUAUCAUCUGAAAGUAAAAAGAAGCAUGUAGAAGUUAAAGAGUCAGCAGAAACUAUCCAGUUGAAGUUAAGAACAAUUUCUGCUAAAAAUGAAAAUUUGAUAACAGGCUUGAUACCAGCGAGUUCUGAAAUUAUACAGCCAUUUGUUUUAGGGUGUGCUACUAAAAAUCCUAAGAUUGUACAGCUUAGUCUGUCAUGUGUACAGAAAUUGGUCUCUCAUGAGGCAAUCUCUACUGCUGCAGCUGAGGCUAUAAUUAAUAUGUUAUGGUCUUUAAUGGAAGCAGGAAUGGAGGAAUUAAAAUUAUUACAGACAGCCAUAUUACUGAUUACAACUAACUGUGUUGUACAGCAUGAUUCAUUGGCCAAGGCUCUGGUUCUGUGUUUUCGAUUACAUUUUACAAAGGACAGUACAACUAUAAAUACAGCUGCUGCUACUAUAAAACAACUCGUUAGUAUUGUGUUUGAUAGAGUCAUAGCAGAAGACAAACUACCUACAAAUGAACCGUUACCUGAAAUGGAUGCUGGUGAAUUAAAGGCAGGUAGUAGAACACCACCAACCUCAUUAAAACCAUGUGCUGGUGAUGCUUAUUUAUUGUUUCAGGAUUUAUGUCAACUAGUAAAUGCUGAUCAGCCAUUUUGGUUGCUAGGAAUGACAGAAAUGACAAGAACAUUUGGAUUAGAAUUACUUGAAUCAGUUCUCAAGACAUAUCCCACCAUCUUUCAAAAGUAUCCAGAAUUUAGUUUUAUGUUGAAAGAAAGAGUAUGUCCAUUGGUUAUUAAACUAUUCUCUCCGAGCCUGAAAUAUAGACAGGGAGUUCCCCCACCGCCCUCACCUGCUCCAGUAGAGAAACCUUUCUAUCCCAUAGUGAUGAGACUUCUACGUAUUGUAUCAAAUCUGAUCAAAAAUUAUUAUUUAUUGUUGGUCACAGAAUGUGAGAUUUUCCUGUCUCUGUUAGUGAAAUUCCUUGAUGCAGAGAAACCAUUAUGGCAGAGAUGUCUAGCUUUAGAAGUUAUGCAUAAAUUAUGUGUUGAUCCUGAAUUAGUUAAAAAUUUUGUGAUAUCUUAUGAUAUGAAACCACAUUCAACGAAGAUAUUUCGUGAUAUAAUAGAUUCAUUGGGUGCUUUUAUACAGUCUCGGUUUAUGAAUCCACCAGGAGGUCCGGCUGCUCAGUCAGGACUCAAAGCUCAGGAUAUCCAGGGUACACCACCAGCUCUGGUUGCUGGGUUACCUGUAGGAGGUGGAGUCAGUCCUCAACCAGCUUUCAUGUAUCGAGGUGUAUGGAUACCUUUAGUUAUGAAUAUUCCACAAGGUCAAACUAAGCCAAUCUUUUUAGAAAUGUUAGAUAAGAUAGAUCCACCACCUGUGUUAGAAGGUUAUGGUGUAACGGUGGCGUUUCAUUGUUUACUAGAACUGGGUAAAAGUGUACAGAUUCUAAUAACAGGAGAUAAUUCAGAGAAUAAAAAAGAACAAAUUAAAACUGAAGAUUCACAGGACAAUUCUGAUGAACAAAAAGAUGAUGUUGAAAGUAAACUACAGAAUAGUUUAAUAGAUUCGUCAUGGUGUGGAAUGCUUGCUGCUCUUUCUCUACUUCUAGAUGCCAGUACUGAUGAAGCAGCAACAGAAUCUAUAUUAAAAUGUCAGGAAUCUUACGCUAGUCUUUGUGGUCAGUUACGAUUAAAUACACCUAGAGACGCUUUUAUAACAGCUUUAUGUAAAGGUUCUCUUCCACCUCAUUAUACACUCACAGUACUCAAUACACAGAAUAAUGGCAGUAGUGGACAAAAAACUGCCUUGUCAAGAUCCCCUUCUCAAGAUCUGCAAGUCGCAGGAACAGAAGCCAUGGAACGUAGUCAUGUAGUAGCAGUAGGAACAGCUCUUCCAACUGCUUCCCUGCCUGCAGGUGCACAUCAGGGACCAGUCAUGUUAACAGCUAAAAAUAUACAGUGUAUGAGAGCGUUAUUAAGUUUAGCUCAUUGUAGAGGUGAUAUGCUGGGAAGUGCCUGGCAUCUAGUUCUGACAACUCUCCAGCAUUUAGUAUGGAUAUUGGGUUUAAAACCUUCGAAUGGUGGCAGUUUAAAAAUUGGUCAACAAUUGAACGAAUCUUCCAGUACAGUCAUUACAACAGCUGUCAUGGCGGAUCUUCAAGUUUUGUCAGCCAUGUUGUCACGAUUAUUUGAGAGUUCACAAUAUUUAGAUGAUGUAGCUCUUCACCAUCUUAUAGAUGCUCUGUGUAAAUUAUCAACAGAAUCCAUGGAAUUAGCCUAUUCUAAUAGGGAACCAUCAUUAUUUGCUGUGGCUAAACUUUUAGAGACAGGUUUAGUGAAUUUAUCAAGAGUUGAAGUUCUAUGGAAACCUGUGACUGCACAUCUUCUUGAGGUAAGUUUUUCUUAUUGAUAUAUAUGAUAAGUAAGUGACCACCCAAAAAAUGCCAACAGCAAGGUGAGUUUUCACUUCAUUCAUUGAUAAUAUUCUAGUAUGUGUCCUCCCUUUGAUCAUACACUGUAGCAUGUCCCACCUUUGAUCAUACACUGCAGUAAUAGCUUCCUUUGAUCAUAUUCUGCAGUAAUGCCUCCCUUUC